AUGUCGGAUUCUAGUACAUGCCCGUUUAAGGCUGAGUACGCUAAAAGCGACCGAUCUAGCUGUAAAGCAUGCAAAACAAAAAUAGGCAAAGAUUCUCUGCGUUUAGCAGUCAUGGUGCAAUCUCCUCAUUUUGAUGGAAAGGUUCCUAACUGGUUUCACUAUUCUUGCUUCUGGAGACGAGCUGGUGAUGUGGAGCAAGUUGAUGAUAUUCAUGGAUACCAUACACUCCGUUGGGAAGACCAGCAGAAGCUGAAAAGUAGGAUAUCAGGAGAAACUACUGCCACAGAUGAUGUAGAUGGCAAGAUUGAAGAACACGAUCUUUUAUCAUUUCGCACUGAAUAUGCCAAAUCCAAUCGCAGUCAAUGUCAAUCAUGUAGGACCAAGAUUGAUCAAGGUGAAGUUCGUAUUUCAUGCAAGGAAGUUGAUGAUCCUAAAUAUGGUGCAGUAGACAAAUGGUAUCAUGUUGAUUGUUUUGUACAGAACAGAGAUGAACUUAACUUCAACUUUGAUGUCAAACUUUUACCUGGUUUGAGACGAUUAAAAAAACCAGAUCAAGAAGAACUGCAUAAGAAACUGGCUCCAAAGUCUGGAAAAAAGAGGAAAGCAGAUGGCGCAGCUGGGUCCUCUAAAAAGGUUAAGGUGGAGGAAACUGAUGAAGAAAAACUGCUGCGGACUCAAAGCGCUGAAGUGUGGAAAUAUCGCGAUUUAUUACAAAAGAAUGUCAACAACCAGGCGAUGAAGUUGUUGUUGGAAUUGAACAAACAGCAUGUUCCUGUUGGUGAAAGUAAACUAUUAGAUGCCAUGUCAGAUGCUCUUGUAUUUGGAGCUCUGGAGCCAUGUAGCGAGUGUAAAGAUGGCGCUUUCUUCUACACCCCAGAAGGAUACAAAUGUGCUGGUAACAUGACUGGAUGGACUAAGUGUAUGAAUAUUGUAAGAAAUCCAAAACGUCGAGCAUUUAAAAUCCCGCCAGAGUUUCAUGAUGUGGAGUUUUUAAAGAAAUACAAAUAUAAAGCAAACAUUCGUGUGUUUCCUACCAUUCAUGUUUCUUCUCUCGAAACUGCCAUGGAUUCUGUUGAUGGGGCAGUUUCAAAUGAUAAGCCGCUAGAUCAAAUGAAAUUUGCCAUCAUUGGCAAAACAAAGAAAUCAAAAGCAGUUUUGACAAAAGAAAUUGCAAAUUUAGGAGGCACUGUGGUGUCUAAAAUUGACAAUACCAUCGCUGCAUGUAUUUCUACUAAAACAGACGUUGCUAAGAAAUCUAAGAAUGUGAAAGAGGCAGAGAAAGCUGAUGUUCAUGUUGUUGAUGAAGAAUUUUUAGAUAAUUUGAAAUCUGACACUGUUGUUGCAAAUAUUCUCAAACAUGCUUUAUCAUCGUGGGGUUCAGACCCACAAACUCGUAUUGGAGACAUCAAACCAAAGGUGGUUAAGAGGAAAAUGUAUAAGAGUGGAAUGAGUGAGAUGGAAGAAAUGAGGUAUAAGAAGGAUGUCCCUACAAAGAAAAAAAUGACUGUGAAGGGUGGUGCUGCAGUAGAUCCAGACUCAGAGCUGGAGGAUGUAGCUCAUGUUAUUCAAGAUGAUAAAAAGGGCAUUUUGAGUGUUGUUUUAGGUCUUGUUGAUAUUGUGAAGGGUACUAACUCUUUUUAUAAACUGCAAGCUUUAGAGAAGGAUAACAAUAAGCAAUGGUAUCUUUUCCGAUCUUGGGGACGAGUUGGAACUAAUAUUGGAGGUAAUAAGAUCGAAAAGAUGUCAAAGAAAGAAAAUGCUAUCAUUGCUUUCAGAGACUUGUAUUUAGAAAAAACUGGCAACUCAUGGGAGGAUAGAGAUUCUUUCGUCAAACAUCCAAAUAAAUUCUAUCCUUUAGAAAUAGAUUAUGGGCAAGAAGAUGAAAAAAUUCAAAGUCUUGAUUCUUCACGUGAAGGCUCCAAAUUACCAAAACCUGUCCAGGAUGUCGUCUGUGCCAUUUUUGAUAUUGAUCAGAUGAAAAAAGCGAUGAUUGAAUAUGAAAUUGACAUGAAGAAGAUGCCUCUUGGAAAAUUAUCAAAACGACAGAUUGAGCAAGCUUAUUCUGUUUUAACUGAAUUAAAUGGAUUGAUUGAGAAAAAAGGGUCUCAGAGCCUGUUUCUUGAUGCUUCUAACAGAUUUUACACCUUGAUUCCUCAUGAUUUCGGAAUGAAGAAACCACCUUUGUUGGAUGAUCCAGAGAUAAUUAAAACAAAAACAGAGAUGUUGGACAGUCUACUGGAGAUAGAAGUUGCUUAUAACUUGUUGAAAAGUGGUGAUACAGGGGCCAAUCCUAUUGAUGUUCAUUAUAAACAAUUGAAAUGCAAGAUGGAGCCCAUGGAGAAAAAAUCAGAAAUGUAUAAACGCCUGUCAAAAUACGUGAAAAACACCCAUGCAACCACACACAACCAAUAUGGUCUUGAAGUUUUAGACAUCUUUGAAAUUGAUCGAGAGGGAGAAGAAGAAAAAUAUCAACCCUUUCAAGAUUUGCACAAUCGACAACUUCUGUGGCAUGGUUCCAGAACAACAAAUUACGCUGGUAUUUUAUCACAAGGGUUGCGUAUUGCUCCCCCUGAAGCCCCGGUCACAGGGUACAUGUUUGGUAAGGGUGUCUACUUUGCAGAUAUGGUAUCAAAAAGUGCCAACUAUUGUCGCACAACACAGGUCGAUAAUGUUGCUUACAUGUUACUUUGUGAAGUAGCAUUAGGAAACACCUAUGAUCUUCUGGGUAGCAAAUUUAUCCACUCUCUACCUAAAGGCAAACAUUCCACAAAAGGAUGUGGUAUGACGGCGCCAGAUGAGGCAGGAGCUUUCGUCACUGAUGAUGGCUGUAAGAUUCCAAUGGGUCAAGGUAAAGAUGCUUCUAUUGGACGUUCCAGUUUAUUAUACAAUGAAUACAUUGUCUAUGAUACCUCCCAGAUCAGGAUGAAAUAUAUGUUGAAGAUGAAAUUUAACUAUAAAUGGUAG